AUGGAUGCUAUAAGCUUUGUCUUGGGUGAGAACACUAGACAUCUUCGUGUCCGUCGGCUGAACAGUGUCAGAGUUGAUGAAUACGCCGCCGCUUUAGACAAAAUUCAUAUUUUCAUGAAAGUGAAAAAUUUCCUCGUGUUCCAAGGCGCUGUGGAAAGCAUCGCGAUGAAGAAUGCCAGAGAACGUUGCCAAAUGUUCGAAGAAAUCAGCAAGUCUGCCGAACUGAAAGAAGAGUACGAUAAUGCGAAGCUGGAGAUGCAUAAGCUCGAGGAAAAUACUACCUUUAAUUUAAACAAAAAGAAGAAUAUCGUUGCUGAAAGGAAGGAGGCUAAAUUCGAAAUCGAUGAGGCGGAAAGAUACCGAAAGCUACAGCAUGACCUCGUAAGCCUACUCUGA